GUAUCAUCACACUUGAAACAGCUUUCUCAGGAAUGAGAGGAAGCCUUGCUCGAAAACAGCCGUUCUGUCAAACGCCAGUUGGAGGAUUAGGGUAGCUGGUUCAAGGCCGGUGGGGUGACCAGUGAUCCCCAAAAAGCUCGAGCUCCGACCAUAUCCCAGAGUCAAGCUCGACGGCAAUCUUCGCCUUGACCGCGCUCCAGCCUAACGCCAAUGUAGCCGCCAUGUCAAUUCCAGGCCUGGGCCAAAUUCCGUCACAGACGACCACAGCGUCGGCACGGACGAUUACGCUUCGCCCAGCCUGGGAGUACCGCUUCGAGACCGAAUCAGGCACGACACUCACAAUCAAGCUGAACAAUGGCGUAGCCGAGAAGGAUGGCAUCGAGCUCGCGCCACGAACGCCUUACACGUUCGCCAACAUAAAGUCCAAGAUCACGACGUGGCACGGCUGCGAGCUGGACAUUGAGGGCGCGACGGCCAGCGAAUCCGUCGCCGAGUACGCUACACUGGUAGACAACCCGGGAAAUGCACUUCUCAACCUCCAUGCGCGCUUGUCCGAAAUGCGCGACAGUGCAGCGCGGGAGAGGAAACAUGGCCCACGCGUACUUAUCACCGGACCAGCAGACGUGGGUAAGACGACCGUCACACGAACGUUGGCGAGCUAUGCGACGAAGCAGGGCAGCCAGCCACUGGUCGUCAACUGUGAUCCCGAGGAGGGUAUAUUGACGCUCCCCGGAACGUUGAGCGCGGCCGUGUUUGCAACCGUCAUGGACCCCGAGGCCACCGACGGAUGGGGUUCCACACCGACCAGUGGCCCUAGCAGUGUGCCGGUGAAACUUCCCAUUGUCCAGUACUACGGCCAAAGAAACGCCGAGGACGAGCCUCAAUUCUAUCGUGAGCUCGUUGCGCGGUUGGCGGACACGGUCAGCGGUCGCAUGCAGGAGGACGCGGACGUCAAGGCAUCGGGCGUCAUUAUCGACUCGAUCGAUUUGGUCGCCAAAGGUGACGAGGGCUACGACAUCCUGGCCCACAUUGUCGACGAAUUCUCAGUGAAUGUGAUUGUCGUCCUCGGCUCGGCCGAGAUGAAUUGUACGCUGGCCAAGCGCUUCGGCACACAGCAAACUAGCGUAGGCGAGCCCAUCCAUGUUGUCAGUCUCGACAAGUCCGAAGGUGCUGGGCCCAGAAGCAACAUGCUCAUGGAGCGAAACCGGGAGGCUGUAAUCAAGGAGUACUUUUUCGGCGAUGCUCGGCGCACACUGAGCCCGCAGAUCCAGCAGGUCGACUUUGGGAGUCUGGUCAUUUACAAGCUACAGGAUGGCGGCCGACUGGUGCGCGAGCAGCCCUCCUCGGUCAUGCAGCACUGGACGCUGGCCAUCAUGCAUGCCUCAACCAGGGACACCCCCGAGACCAUCCGAGCAGCUGGCGUGAUGGGUUAUGUCUACGUCUCGGACGUGGAUGAGGAGCGCCGCAAGGUCAAGAUGCUGGCGCCGGUCAGUGGCCGGCUGGGAGAUCGACCCAUGGUCUGGGGCAGGUGGCCGGAGCCGUACAUCAAUUUGCUUGGGUAGGUGAUGCCGUCGGCAUUGUGAUAGAGGACGUGUGCUCGUGCGUUCGCCGCCACCGAAUCUGGGAAGACCCCCGUGUAUAGAAGCUCGCGGCUCCCGAC